AUUACACGACAGUGUAAUUGUUGGGCUGCAUGUUGGCGUGACUACUCCGUGACAGUAGGUGGCGGUAAUGCACUGGAUGCCAGUCAUCGUUUAAACACAAGUAAAAGUGCUUGCUGUUAGCUUUCAAACUGGCAGGUGUUUUCAGAAACAAUGGAUCAGAAAAUUCCUUAUGAUGACUACCAGCUCCCAGUGGUAUUCUUGCCUUCUUAUGAGAACCCACCAGCAUGGAUACCUCCACAGGAGCGGGUUCAUCAGCCUGAUUACAACAAUGAGCUCACCCAGUUCCUACCUCGUACUAUUGUGUUGAAGAAACCUCCAGGAGCACAGCUAGGCUUCAACAUCCGUGGGGGCAAGGCGUCACAGUUAGGAAUCUUUAUAUCCAAGGUGGUCCCAGACUCAGAUGCCCACAGAGCAGGGCUACAAGAAGGAGACCAGGUUCUUUCUGUGAAUGAGGUUGAUUUCCAAGACAUAGAGCACUCAAGAGCUGUAGAGAUUCUGAAGACUGCACGAGAAAUACUUAUGAGGGUUCGCUUCUUUCCUUACAACUACCAAAGGCAGAAGGAGAGGACUGUACACUAGGUGGCAGCAAAGAGCAAGAGAGAGAGGUGGACACAUGUCACUACACGUCAUUACCCUCCUCCCACAGACUCUGGCCUCCAUUCUUUCUCAGCUUCAAGAUGACUGAUGUAUGACUAACAGACUGAUUCAAAGUCCUCCAUGUAAGGACACCAUAUACUCUGUUAUACGCUCAGUUUUCUCUCUCACUCAGAUAUCUGAGCACUCCGUAUUCUACUGUGCUAUGUGAUGAUUUCUACUCCAUCAGGAUGUAUUCACAGGAAGUGAAGGAGGCAGAAGCUUAGUAGACAUUUUACAUCAUAAAUUAUAGAAUUGAUACAUAUUUUCUAGUCAUGAUUAACAUUUAUAAACCCAGGAUUAUUUAAUUAAGCAUUGCCUUUAUUUACUUUUCCUCAUGUCCUAAUUAGAUGUUUCUACUGUAGUCUUAGAAAUAUAUUUUAAUCAAGUACAGAGUAGCACUUGUGUGUACUGUACACAUCUGCCUUGAUGACACUGGUAUAAAGUA